AUGAAUAUAUUCAAAGGAUAUAACAACUUAUUAACAAAAUACCCUUUAAGUACUAAAUGCGUGACAUCUGGUUUUAUGUUUGGUCUGGGAGAUGCCAUAUGUUAAUUAGUAUUUGAAGAAAACAAAGCAUAUAAUUUUAGAAGAACUGCAAACAUAGCUUUUGUAGGAUCUGUUUUUGCAGCUCCCGUUCUACAUAAAUGGUAUGGAUUUUUACCAGGAUUCUGUGAGAGAAAUAUUUUUUAUAAGUAUCCUAAGAUGGGCUAGAUUUCAAAAACACUUAUUCCUAUGGCUUUUGACUAAACUAUUUUUGCCUUUUCCUUCACUUGCUAUUUCUUUAUGGUUGUUAAUUAUGUAGAGUAUUAGUCUAUUGAAAAAGGAAUCACUAGUAUUAAAGAAAAGAGUUUAGAGACUAUGAUAGCAAAUUGGAAAUUAUGGCCAGCAGCUCAAAUGAUUAAUUUCUCUAUUGUACCUAUUCCUUACAGAGUACUUUUUGCUAACUUUGUGGGACUUAUUUGGAACAUUUAUCUUUCUUGGAUUUAACAUCGUCAUUGA